AAAUUCGGCACCCGUUACAACAGUCUGUUCUGAUUUUUCGUCGGUUUCGGAUGCUCGAAGGAAAGAGAGCAGCAAAAACACUUUUCCGAUCUCGUGCGUUUCUAUUUUUGUGUGAAAGUUGUGUCGUGAUCAGACAUUUUUAUUGCUAUUUGUUACCGAAAAGGGUGAAUAAUCAUUGUGGUUCAAACGAACCAUCUGUUGAAUGGGUAAUCAUGGCUGUUGGAACAAAUUCGCUCGUAAUUUCUUAACAUAAACCGGAUUUAUAAAAGCAAACGGUGAAGUCAUCCACGAAGUUCGAUUCCAGCGAAAAGUGCGGGGAGUGUUUUUGGGAAGUUCAGACUCAUAUGAUUAACGAUGCCAACAGAACAGCACAGCAACGAUCUUCUGGAGCACUUCAAAAAGAUCGACGUGGUCGACACGGGGAAGGAAACGUUUUCAGUCCGGUUCCAGAAAUUUUGGAAAAAAUUCAAACUCAAAAGUGCGCUCUCCCAUGUCGGUUUGCUGGUUUCGUUGGCAGUUUAUUGUGGAGUAGGGGGAGUAAUAUUCAGAGAACUGGAACUACCAGCCGAAGUGGCCAGAAUCAAAGAACUGCAGGAAUCGCUGGUGAAGCAACGCGAACGCUUCAUUUAUUCGAUCGUGAACAACACUGAUGUACGAAAUUUGGAGACACUUUUCUCGUUAGAGCUGGAAAACUACGAGAAGGUUGUACAAGAUGCCGCUAAAGGAGGUCUUUUGAUUGAUGUUUCCCGUGGAUUUCCCGUGGAGUCUGAGAAAUGGAGUCGACUGCAGGCAAUGUUCUUUGCUUCCACUGUUAUAACUACUAUCGGCUACGGCAACAUUGCACCCGUAACUGUUACAGGACGUAUUUUUUGCAUGCUUUUUGCACUUGUUGGCAUUCCACUCAUGUUGACCGUGAUUGCAGACUGGGGUCGUCUUUUCGCAUCGGCAGUAUCCUCCAUGGGAAAGAAAUGGAAAUCAAUGAUGCCCGUUUCAAAAUUCGUCCCCGAUGUUGGAGUUAAGAUUUCCGAUAGAAAAUGGAUGUAUGCUGUUGGUGCCGUAUUUUUUCUUGGUAUCUACCUGGCUGCCGGAGCGGGACUGUUGUUGCUGUGGGAGGAAGAUUGGGACUUUUUUGACGGAUACUACUUUUGUUUUAUAACCAUGACGACCAUUGGAUUUGGUGAUCUGGUGCCCAGCAAACCCAACUAUAUGAUGCUCUGUACGCUGUACAUCCUCGUUGGAUUAGCACUAACAAGUACAAUUAUCGAACUCGUUCGACGUCAGUACGCGCAAAGUUGGCACAAGCUACAGGCGUUGUCUGGGCCCCUAGCCGAAACGCUACGACGGCUAGGAGAAUCGGCCGGCACGGGAAUCGAUGUCACGGCUUUGCACAACGAUCUCCGGCGUGUACUCACGGUUGUGAGUAUGCCUCGCCGCCAUGGGAGCAAGAAAAAUGACCCGAAUGAAAUGGCCGCACUGGAAGCGAUCACCAACGCUAUUCUCCAGGACAUCAAGGAUAAGCACGAAAGCAAAGAAACACCCAAAAUCGUUCAAAUCGUGAUCUAUGAAUCAUCCGUCUAGAAAUCUUACCUAGGGGAUGGAAAGAAACAUGCAUGUGCACGGCAUUUAAAGGUAGAAUGAAGAUGAGCAACUUGCAAUCAAAUGAAAGAAAUAUAAAUUCAAACCGAAUGAUUAUUUAAGAGUGGCAUUAUUUAUUGCGAAUAUUUAUGUGUCAUCAAGUAUUGUUAGAAAGUAAAAAAUAUGUGUGAGAGAAAAAAAAAACGAAAAAAAAGAAAUGAUAAUAAAC